UGCAGAUCAAACUUCAAGGUUGUGCCUAGGAGGGCAAACAAAGAAGGGUAUACAGGGCGAGGGGUGAGUGGACGCGGGAGCGAGCCAGGGGCAGGCGGGUUUGGGGAGCUGCAGUGAUGGGACGAACGCGCUGGGCCGGGCGCCCGGGGGAGACGGGCUUGGAGGGACGGCGGCAGCCCGGCAACAAUAUGCGGUGCGGGCCGAAGCGCCGGCGGAGCGCAUUCUCCUUCUGGAAAAGGUGCGCCGGGCGCCGGCCCGGGUCUGUCGAACCCCCGCGGGAAGAGGCGGGAGCCGUAGGGCGAGCGGCCGCGGGCUCCUCCCCCGGCGCCUCCGCUCUCUGGGUCAGGACGCGGCGGGCCGCGGGGCCGAAGGUGGGGACCCGCGGGCUCCGGGCUGCUGUCCGCCGUCCGCCGCUCCGCUCCCGGCCGCCCGGCCGCAGGUCCCGGGUCCCCGUUCUCCGACCGCGGAGAGGCCCGCGCGGCGAACUCAGAAACAAAACCCAAGAAAUGCCUCAUUCUACAAACAAAGAACUGAUACUUGGUAUCAUGGUGGGAACUACUGGAAUCAGCUUGCUUCUUUUGUGGUACCACAAGGUUCGUAAAUCAAGGACAACAUUGAAUUUACCUAACUUUCUUUCUCUGGGUAAUAAGUUUGAUUCUGUGACUUUUCAAGAUGAAAUGUGUAAUGGUCAAGGAACAGCUGCAAUCUUUCAAGGAAGGCAGCUUCAGAUAUUGGAGAAGUUAAACGAAUUACUGACAAAUAUGGAAGAACUCAAAGAGGAAAUCAGAGUUCUUAAAGAAACGAUUCCAAAGCUGGAGGAAUAUAUACAAGGUGAACUUGGAGGGAGGAUAACUGUUCAUAAGAUAAGUCCUCAGCACAGAGCUAGAAAAAGAAGGCUUGCCACAGUUCAAAGUUCUGGAACAAGCAAUAGUUCAGAGGAAGCAGAAAGUGAAGGAGGGUAUAUUACAGCUAAUACUGACACAGAAGAACAGAGUUUUCCAGUCCCUAAGGCAUUUAACACACACAUAGAGGAAUUAAAUUUAGAUGUCCUUCUUCAGAAGGCUGAUAAUUUACGUAUGAAUGAAUGUAGCAAAAUGGAGAGUUUUGAACUACUUUGUGAUCACAAAGAAAAGUUUAGAGAUGAAAUAGAGUUUAUUUGGCGGUUAGUUCGUGCUUACGGAGACAUGUAUGAGCUAUCUACUAACGCACAAGAAAAGAAACAUUAUGCUAAUAUCGGAAAAACGUUAGGGGAAAGAGCGAUCACUACAGCACCCACAAAUGGACAUUGUCAUCUGUGGUAUGCGGUUUUGUGUGGCUAUGUAUCUGAGUUUGAGGGCUUACAAAACAAAAUCAACUAUGGACAUCGCUUCAAGGAACAUCUAGAUAAAGCAAUCCAAUUUUUACCUGAAGAACCCUUUUUGUAUUACCUCAAAGGAAGAUACUGUUAUACUGUCUCAAAACUGAGCUGGAUUGAGAAAAAAAUGGCUGCUACUCUGUUUGGAAAAAUACCAUCCUCAACUGUAGAAGAAGCUUUGCAAAAUUUCCUUAAGGUUGAAGAACUACACCCUGGUUUUUCUAAGUCCAAUUACUUGUUCUUGGCCAAGUGUUACAUCGAUCUUGAACAAACAGAUGACGCUAUGAAGUUUUGUAAUUUGGCAGUGUUGCUUCCUUGUGUUACCAAAGAGGAUAAAGAUGCACAGAAAGAAGUGAAAAAAAUAAGCACUUCCUUGAAGAGAUAAGGAAGCAAGAAAAAAGGAGGUGGUGAAACCUGCUUUCAAUGACUCGCUCCCCUCGAUCUGUGUGGCGGGAGAGCCUCAGGAGAAACUUUAUGACCUAUUGUUGGGCAGUUAACAAGAAUAUUUCAUGUCACAGUUAAAGACAAGGUCACAUUUUAGAACCAAGUAUCAUUAAUAUCUUGAUGCUCCAUGACUUUUGCAGCUCCCAAACCAGGAUUUUGCUCUAGGUGCCCGAAGUCACAUCAUUAAGUUCUAAAAAUAGCUUUACUGAGGUGUAAUUGACAUACCAAAAUGCACAUAUUUAAGGUGGAUACUUGAUGUGUUUUGAGAUAUAUAUAGAUAUAGAUACAGAUAUAUAAAUAUAUCCCUGAAACCAUCAUCACAAGAUAACGGACAUUUCCAUCCCCCCAAAAGUUUCUUCACACCCUUUGCAACCCCUCCCUCCUGACUCUCCCUGUACCUCCCAUCCCCAAACAACCGCUGACCUGCCUUCUUGUCAUCAUAGAUUGCGUUUUCUGGACUUUUAUAUAAUUGGGAUUGUACAUUAUGUUUUCUCUUUUUUUGUCUGAUUUCUUUCACUCAACAAAAUUAUUUUUGAGAUCAUUCAUCUCGUCGUGUAUACUAAGAGUUCAUUCCUUUUUAUUGCUGGGGGUAUUUUAUUACAUGGAUAUACCAGAGUUGUUUCUCUCCCUUCACCUGUUGAUGAACAUUUGGGGAGUUUCCAGUAUUUGAUUAUUACAAACAAAUCUAUGAAUAUUCAUAUAAAUUCUUUAAAUGGACAUAUGCUUUCAUUUCCCUUGGAUAAAUACGUAGGAAUAGAAUGUCUGAAUCAUGUGAUCUAUGUUUAGCAUUUUAUUUUUUUAUUUUUUUAGCUCUCAAGUUAUUUUAUUUAUUUUUUACUUUUUUAUAAUUUUUUUUAUCGUGUUAUGUUAGUCACCAUACAAAACAUCAUUAGUUUUUGAUGUAGUGAUCCACGAUUCAUUGUUUUCAUAUAACACCUUGUGCUCCAAGCAAUAUGUGCCCUCCUUAAUAACCCAUCACCGGGCUCACAUAUCCCCCCACUCUCCUCCCCUCUAAAACCCUCAGUUUGAUUCCUGGAGUCCGUAGUCUCUCAUGGUUCAUCUCCCUCUCUGAUUUCCCCCCUUCAUCUUCCCUUCCUUCUCCUAAUGUCCUCCAUGCUAUUCCUUACGUUCCACAGAUCAGUGAAACCAUAUGAUAAUUGUCUUUCUCUGUUUGACUUAUUUCACUUAGCAUAAUCUCCUCCAGUCCCAUCCAUGUUGAUGUCAAAGUUGGGUAUUCAUCCUUUCUGAUGGCUGAGUAAUAUUCCGUUGCAUGUAUGGACCACAUCUUCUUUAUCCAUUCAUCUGUUGAAGGGCAUCUCGGCUCCUUCCACAGUUUGGCUAUUGUGGACAUUGUUGCUAUGAACAUUGGGGUGCAGGUGACCCUUCUUUUCUGCAUCUGUAUCUUUGGGGUAAAUACCCAGUAGUGCAAUUGCUGGGUCAUAGGGUAGCUCUAUUUUUAACGUCUUGAGGAACCUCCAUACUGUUUUUCAGAGUGGCUGCACCAACUUGCAUUCCCACCAGCAGUGUAAGAGGGUUCCCCUUUCUCCACAUCCUCUCAGACAUUUGUUGUUUCUUGCCUUGUCAAUUUUUGCUGUUCUAACUGGUGUAAGGUGGUAUCUCGAUGUGGCUUUGAUUUGAAUUUCCCUGAUGGCUAAUGAUGUUUAGCAUUUUAAAAAAGAGUCAAACUGUUUUCCAAAGUGGUUAUCCCAUUUUAUAUUCCCACCAGCUAUGAAUGAGAGUUCCACUUCCUGCACCUUUUUUUUUUUAAUUUUAUUUUUAUUUAUUUGAGAGAGACAAUGAGACAGAGAGCAUGAGAGGGAGGAGGGUCAGAGGGAGAAGCAGACUCCCCGCUGAUCAGGGAGCCCGAUGCGGGACUUGAUCCCGGGACUCCAAGAUCAUGACCUGAGCCGAAGGCAGUCGCUUAAUCAACUGAGCCACCCAGGCGCCCCUCCUGCACCUUCUUAACAACAUUUGGUAUCGUCAUUCUCCAAAAUUUUAGCUACUGUUCUGUGUGUAGAGAUAUCUAAUUGGGGUUUUAGUUUGCAUUUCCCUAAUGGCAAAUUACAUUGAGCAUAUUUUCAUGUGCUUAUUUGCCAUUCGUAUAUCUUUGGUGAAGUAUUUUUCAAAAUUUUUGUCCAUUAUCUUAAUUGAGAUACUAGUUUUCUUUUUUAUUGAAUUUUGAGAGUUCUUUAUAUAUUCUGUAUGAUAGAAGUCCUUUAUUAGAUAGGUAAUUUGCCAAUGUUUUCUCUCUGUCUGUGGCUUUUAAUUUCCUUAACAGUGUCUUUGACAGGACAAAAGUUUUUCAUUUUGAUGAGUCAAUUUAUACUUUCAUGUAUAUUGUUUUUGGUGGUGUAUCUAAAGAUCCUUGCUUAAUCUGAGGUCAUAAAAAUUCUCUCCUGUAUUUUCUUCUAAAAAUUUUAUACCUAGGGUUUUACAUUUAAGCCUGUGGUCCAUUCUGGGUUAAUUUUUGUAUAUGGCAUGAGGUAGGGAUUGAAGUUCAUUCAUUGUGUAUGUGGAUACACAAUUGUUCUAGCACCAUCUGUUGAAAAGACUUGUUCCCCCACUGAGUUGCCUUUGCACCUUUGUCAAAAAUCAGUUUUCCAUAUAUGUAUGGUUUCUAUUUUGUUCCAUCGAUCUAUUCAUUAGUAUUACCGCCAACACCACACUGUUGAUUACUGUACUUUUAUAUUAUCUUGAAAUCAGAUAUUGUUAUUCCUUCAGCUUUGUUUCUUCUCAAACUUGAUUUGGCUAUUCUAGCUUCUUUGCAUUUCCAUCUGAAUUUUAGAAUCAGUUUUUUAAUUUCUAAAAAAAAAAUCUAGCUAGAAUUUUGAUUGGCAUUUUGUUGACCAGUUUGUCUCCUCAACUCAAGGAGAUUGUGGGACUCCUCUCAGGCUCCCCUUAUGUGCAUUGUUGCCUGGAAACUCUCUCAAGGCAGUAACCCCGGGGAAUUGUAGGGCUCACCUUGUUUGUUACAGUCUCAGGAAUUACUGUCCUUUCUUUCCCACUGUCCAGUAUCUUGAAAACCAUUGAUUCAUACAUUUCGUCCAUGUUUUGGAUUUUGAAGAACAGAAAUUGUAACUUCAGGGACUUGUCAUUCUGGAGCACUUUCUAAUCCUCUAAACCAUUAUUUUGUAUACAACAAACUCAAACAUAUUAAAUUGCUUUUUAAAACAAGUUUCUAUAAUGUUCAAAUGUAUCCAUUCUAUAAUAUAAGACAAGUUGAACAAUUGUACUAUGAAAUUAAUUAUUUAAUUAGACUUUGGUUACAACUCAGAUAAUUUGUUUUUAAACAGCAUUCUUAAGCGUUGGCAAAUAAAGUUUGCAUAUGAAGAAUUAAA